UACCCGCAGUUGGGGACGGCCGGCCGGUAGCGCGCAUUCCUGUCAUGGCGGCCGCCGAAGUCGGGGUAGAGGGCGGUGGAGCCGCAGCCAGCCUGAGACCGGAUGCCGGGACGCAGCGGGCUGAGCUCAUGCCGCUGCUAGGGGCGACUCUGCGACCGGGGGAGUCCUGGUAUCUGAUUGACAGUCGGUGGUUCAAGCAGUGGAAGAAAUAUGUUGCUUUUGACAGCUGGGACCUCUACAAUGUUGGCGAGCCCAAUCUCUUCCCCGGACCGAUUGAUAACUCCGGGCUUUUUGCAGAUUCAGAAACUCAGACCUUGAAAGAACACCUCAUUGAUGAAUUGGAUUAUGUGUUAGUUCCUACUGAAGCCUGGAAUAAAUUAGUAAAUUGGUAUGGCUGUAUAGAGGGGCAGCAGCCAAUUGUGAGAAAAGUUGUAGAAUAUGGCCUGUUUGUGAAGCACUGUAAAGUAGAGGUUUAUCUGUUGGAGCUGAAGUUGUGUCAGAACAGUGAUCCUGUUAAACUUGUGAGCUCUUAUUUCAGCAAAGCAGACACUGUUGCUGCCAUUGAAAAAGAAAUGCGAAAACAGUUUGGUAUCCCUGAUGGAAAGGAAACUAGGUUGUGGAGCAGAUACAUAAGUAAUACUUAUGAGCAACUAAGCAAACUUGACAGCACUAUACAAGAUGCAGGGCUCUAUCAGGGACAGAUAGUAUUGGUAGAAGUGAAGAAUGAAGAUGGUUCAUGGCCCAGACAAUCUUCUCAGACAAAAUCAAGCACUGCAACUAGCAGAAAUCUAGCUACCUCUUCAAAAUCAUCAGCAACCUCUUGCUCCUCAGUAGGUGCCUCUUCAGGUAUUACAAAUGGUGAUAGCAAUAACUCCUAUGGUUUGAACUGCUCCAGCCUUGGCAAAGGAGGCUCUAGCUACUCUUGCAAUUCCUACAACAACAGGGAAAGCACUUUUCACUCACAGCCUGGCCUCUGUGGCCUCAGCAAUCUAGGAAAUACGUGUUUCAUGAACUCUGCAUUACAGUGUUUGAGUAACACACCUCCACUGACUGAGUAUUUUUUGGAAGAUGAGUAUGAAGCUGAAAUAAAUCAGGAAAAUCCUCUAGGAAUGAGAGGAGAAAUUGCAGAAGCAUAUGCAGAGCUCAUCAAACAGAUGUGGUCUGGAAUGCAUUCACAUGUGGCCCCCCGCAUGUUCAAAACCCAGGUUGGUCGCUUUGCUCCUCAGUUUUCAGGAUACCAGCAACAAGAUUCUCAGGAGCUCCUGGCCUUUCUUUUAGAUGGUUUACAUGAAGAUCUAAACAGAGUGAAGAAGAAACCCUACCUGGAGUUGAAGGAUGCUAAUGGCAGGCCUGACUCGGUGGUAGCCAAAGAAGCUUGGGAGAACCAUCGAUUACGUAAUGACUCUAUUAUUGUAGAUAUUUUUCAUGGUCUCUUCAAAUCCACAUUGGUCUGCCCCAAAUGUUCUAAGAUUUCAGUAACUUUUGACCCCUUUUGCUACUUAACUCUUCCAUUGCCCUUGAAGAAAGAUCGACCCAUGGAAGUGUUCUUGGUCUUUGCAGAUCCUCAGCGCAAACCUGUUCAGUACCGAGUAGUGGUGCCAAUGAUGGGUGGUAUAUCUGACCUGUGUGACGGACUCUCAAAGCUCUCCGGGGUACCUGCAGAAAACAUGGUGGUGACAGAUGUUUAUAACCACAGAUUCCACAAAAUUUUCCAAAUGGAUGAAGGCUUAAGUCAUAUUAUGCCAAAGGACAACAUCUUUGUAUAUGAAGUUUGUAAGCCACCUGAGGAUGGAGCUGAGUACAUCACUCUUUCAGUUUACUUCAGAGAAAAGAAAGCAAGACAAUCCAGUGCUACUCCAGGGACUGUUCUUUACGGUCAACCACUGCUCAUAGCUAUACCCAAACACAAGCUUACCCUAGAGUACUUGUACAGUGUUAUAUUGGAGCAGAUUAGCCGCUAUGUAAAACUUCCUUCAAAGGAAGAAUAUUCUGACAUAUAUCCAGAAAGUGAAACUUGCAAUGGCUCCAGCAGUGCAACAGAAGGUGAGGUUGAAGAGAUGGAGCAUCAAAAUGGUGAAGACGAAAGCAAGGAGAAGAUGUCAGAAACAGAGGCCUGCCAGUCAGAAGACUGCAUCCAGGAUGAGCUGGGAAAAGAGGGCCUACACCACAGAAAGCGACUCUUCAGCUUCAGUCUUGUGAAUUCCUAUGGGACAUCAGAAAUAAAUUCCCUUACUACAGAGGGAAAAAUCCUCAAGCUGAGUUCCCAUGCUACUCUUGCUAUUGAUUGGGACUCUGACACUCGGAAACUGCUUUUUGAUGAACUUGAAGCUCAGACAUUUGAAAAAGACAGCAGUAUGUGUCAACAACAGAAGAAGAAAACUACUGUAGCUCUUAGAGAUUGUAUAGAACUCUUCACAACUAUGGAAACGCUUGGCGAACAUGAUCCAUGGUACUGUCCUAAUUGCAAAAAACACCAGCAAGCUACUAAGAAAUUUGACCUGUGGUCACUGCCACGUAUUUUAGUAGUGCAUUUGAAACGCUUCUCAUACAACAGAUACUGGAGGGAUAAGCUUGACACUGUGGUUGAGUUUCCUAUCAGGGAUUUGAACAUGUCUGAGUUUGUUUGUGACCCGGCAGCGAGCCCAUAUGUAUAUGACCUCAUUGCAGUUUCCAAUCAUUAUGGAGGCAUGGGUGUGGGACAUUAUACUGCGUAUGCUAAGAAUAAAGUCAAUGGCAAAUGGUAUUAUUUUGAUGAUAGCAGUGUGUCUCCAGCAUCCGAAGAACAGAUAGUGACAAAAGCAGCUUACGUACUAUUCUACCAACGCAGAGAUAACAGGCUCAAGAGUAACCCAUCUCCUUGCACAAGCGUCGAGCAGAAAUCAGAAGAAUGUGAUGGCAUGGAUACUAACUGAACCUACAUUCAAACCAUCAAAUUGCUGAUCUGAAAGUGCAACUGAGAAGUGAUUUGGACCAUCUGUAAGACUCAAAACAAGAAGUCCAGUAAAGGAGGGUUCAGUGAGCAGUAACAAUGGAUAGCACAGGAGAAGCAAUAAGAUGACAACACUUGAGCAAAUCACAGCCAAAGAGCUUUUAAUCAAAUGGUAUCUUAGCAAUUCAAUAAAGUAUUCUCCAAAUCAGA